ACUGUCAGUCAGUCAGUUUCGUAAUUCCCAAUUCCCAACCGGACGACACCGUAUCAGAAAAAUCUCUCUUCCGUUUAGCUCUAUCAGAAAAAGUGCAUUUCGGUGUGGGUUAAUUCGACCAGGAAAUACAUACAUCAAAUCGAAUAAGAUGGCGUUUUUGGUAUCAAACAUUCGCAGAUGCGUUUGCCUGAAAAGUUUCAGCACCCCCAACAUUAUCCAAACGACGUCGUAUCAUGCCAAUGUGAUUGACCACUAUGAGAACCCUCGUAAUGUUGGUUCCCUUGACAAGAAGGACAAGAACGUUGGCACAGGACUUGUCGGUGCUCCAGCUUGCGGUGACGUCAUGAAACUGCAGAUCAGGGUUGAUGAGAAUGGCAAAAUCAUUGAUGCUAAGUUCAAGACAUUUGGAUGCGGAUCUGCGAUCGCUUCCAGCUCUCUGGCUACAGAGUGGGUAAAGGGCAAGACAGUUGAUGAGGCGUUACAGCUGAAGAACACUGAUAUUGCUAAGGAGCUGUCUUUGCCUCCUGUCAAGCUGCAUUGCUCUAUGCUUGCUGAGGAUGCCAUAAAAGCAGCCUUGUCAGACUACAGAAUCAAGCAACAGUCAGCUGAAAAGCAGUAAGGAGUGAAACGGACCGGAAGGCGUUUGGAACAGAUCUGUGAUUUUAGGAAGAAGUUAGGAGCCAAAUGAGUAUCUAUUACAUUAUAAGAAGUAAUUGUAGAUACUUACUAUGAGGAUGAAAAAUGAUAAACAUAUAUUCCAUAGUCUCAAUCUGCACUAAAAAUGUUUAGUAAUUAGUGUGUCGUUAAUUUUGAAUAGUUUUCUGAACUUUGAGAUCUUAUACUCUUAUGCACAAUAAUCCACCAUGAUAUUAAAUUAAAUUGUUAUCGUUUUAGUUGAUGUCCUUGAAAAUAGUUGUAGAAAUAUUGUCAAAAUUAGUUGUUAAAUAAAACUGAUAUUGAAUUA